GCAAAGUUAUAUAUUUAAACUAAGUAUAAUUUCUUUGCAUCGGCUAAAUUGUUGCAUUUGUGUGCAUCGUUCACCACACAACACAAACUGAAAUAACGUUUACAGUAAACUGUAGGCUGAAAAAAAAGCUGCUGUGUAAUUUUCAGUCUAACCGCGUGGGAAUCUGUGAGUUACUAGCUCGUGUGUGCUAGCUAAGGUGUAACGUUAGGUUGAAACAUCCGACACGAGGAGAUAGAAAAUGCCACCAAAAGGAAAAGGUGGCAAAGGUGCAAAAGGGGCUGCUGCUUCAGGCAGUGGAGACAGUGAUAAGAAGGAGAAGGCUCAGAAAGGAGGGACAGCUGUGAAGGUUCGGCAUAUUCUGUGUGAAAAGCAUGGCAAGUGCAUGGAAGCAAUGGAGAAGCUGAAGUCUGGCAUGCGCUUCAGUGAAGUGGCAACACAAUACAGUGAAGACAAAGCCAGACAAGGAGGUGACCUUGGCUGGAUGACAAGAGGAUCAAUGGUGGGACCAUUUCAGGAUGCAGCGUUCGCACUACCCAUCAGCACAAUGGACAAACCUGUAUACACUGAUCCUCCUGUGAAAACAAAGUUUGGUUACCACAUCAUCAUGGUUGAAGGCAAAAAGUAAAUGGACUUAAUAGCUUGAUGUUGUGGUACAAUUCCAUUUCAUGAAUCUAAAACACAGCAUUUACAACUUGGCAGCAAUGCAUUUUGCAGUCAUGGAAGAUUGGAUUUUUUUAUAUCACCAUGUAAAUAGCAUCCAAUAAACACUGGUCCCAAUGAGCAAACUGUUCCAAUG